AUGGUCAGUGAAAAUGUCUCAGUGGAGGUGAUACUCUCUGGGAUCAUAGGAUUAACCACUUGGAAAAGACCCAUGAUUCUCCUGGUCAACCUCUUUGUGUUGCUCUCUGUGGUCUGUGUCCUCCUCAACCUCGCCGGAUUUAUCCUUGGCUGCCAAGGGGCCCAGUUUGUGGCCAGCGUGCCCAGGUGUGAUCUGGUGGAUUUAGGCGAAGGCAAGAUUUGUUUCUGCUGUGAAGAAUUCCAACCAGCCAAAUGCACCGACAAAGAAAAUGCCUUGAAACUCUUCCCGGUUCAGCCCUGCAGCGCCGUUCAUCUGCUACUCAAGAAAGUCCUCUUCGCCCUGUGUGCCUUGAAUGCGUUGACCACCACCGUCUGCCUGGUGGCUGCCGCCCUGCGCUACCUCCAGAUAUUUGCCACCAGGAGAUCCUGCAUUGAUGAAUCCCAGGUGCCUGCUGAGGAAGCGGAAGAACACGGACGUAUCCCAGACCCCGACGACUUCGUGCCACCCCUGCCGCCCCCUUCCUAUUUCGCCACCUUUUACUCGUGCACACCCCGGAUGAACCGCAGGAUGGUUGGUCCUGAUGUUAUCCCACUGCCCCACAUCUACGGAGCGAGGAUCAAAGGCGUGGAAGUGUUCUGCCCUCUGGACCCGCCGCCUCCCUAUGAAGCUGUGGUGAGCCAGACGGACCAGGAGCAGGGGCCUUCAUGCCAAAUGCCAGAAGGAACAGAAGCUGCGGCGAGCCCGUCAGAACCAGUCUGCACACAAGUGACACAAGGUGGGGACACUCUCAACACACCUGGAGAAGAAAGCACGGCCUUGUCAGGUGCCAACACCAGCUUGGUGCCUCCUGAGAGGAGCCAGAGACCUUUCCAGCCCCUCCGGACGAGGUCAAAGAGCGACCCUGGGCUCCAUCAUUCCACAGAGAGAGCCGCCCCGGUGCUCAGCUGCGAAGCCGCGACGCAGACGGAAGGCAGAUUGGCUGUGGCGGCCGUGACUUUGAGGCGAGGGGCGCGGUGCCGAGCUGUGCGAGCCAGGCCCCGGUCUCUGAUAGAUUACAAGUCCUACAUGGACACCAAGCUGCUGGUGGCCCGGUUCCUGGAGCAGGCCUCCUGCCGCAUGACCCCAGACGUGCAGGAACUGGUGGAGAACAUCAAGUCCGUCCUCAAGUCUGACGAGGAGCACAUGGAGGAGGCCGUGACCAGCGCCAGCGUCUUGGAGCAGAUAAUGGCCCCCCUGCAGCCCAGCACUGCCAGGAGCUCUGCGCCACCUGCGCGGAGACAGCCGGGCUUGCUGCAUCUGCAGAGCUGUGGAGACUUGAGCACCUGUAUCCCAGCAGGGAGACCCCGAGCCGAGCGGAGGCCCCAGGGGCGAGCAGAGGCCGAGCGGCCCCACAGCCUCAUCGGUGUCGUCCGAGAGACUGUCCUGUGACCCUGCAGGACCAGGUUCCCAUCCACCUGCAGCGCAGGGAGGGAGAAGAGAGGGGCUCUGGAAGGCGGGAGCCGCCCCAAGGGGCAAGAGCCCCUUCAAGUGUUCCUCACCAUGCAACUUCAUGGCUGCAAGUUGGGGGGCCCUUUGGAGAACUCUCCCCAGAGGGGCCGCUCCAGAGAACAUCUGUUUCCACUCGUGGGCUCAGUGUUGCGGAUGGAAGGCCUUUGAGGGGUCAAGCGGCUCCCCCAGAGCCCGUGGCCUCUUCAGGCGCCAUACUACAGGGGCAAGGAAGGGAUGUGUCUCCACCACCCUUCCCACUGCUCUGGAGGCCCUGGGCCCUGAUCGGGCUGAGAAAGGGGCUAAUGAUUCUCUGCCUCCUUCCCUGCUCCCACCAGUGACUGGAACGAGGACGUGGAGGGCUGGUCUGCUUGGUGUUUGGGGGACACGAUGGGCAACCCCCAAAGGGCCGGAGCAGUCAGGCCUUGCUCUAGGUUGCCCUCAAAUCACAUACUCUUUAGGCAAAACAGGAAACUUCGGAAGCGGUGACUUUUACUGAAAGAAAUAUUUAGGGAGAGAAAUAUCAUUGCUCCCAUUUAUUCGUGCUUGCUGCACUAGACCUAGCUGAGGCGGAACUGAGAAUAAACAUGUUUACUUUGCA